AUGUCCUAUUCCUUCCCCGGCACGACAUAUGAAGGAACCGAAAAGUAUGGGUUCUAUGGGCUAAAAGCCGACAUGGGCCAGACCGCAUCGCGACCGAAAAAGCAACCAGAGGCGAGUCCGCAGCCUCCGCAAGAGGAAGAAGAAGAAGGAUGGGGGCUCUUCAACCAUGGCCAAGCGAUACCUGCGCCCGAAAGGACCGAUUCACAGCGGGCGCAUGAAGAAAACUUACCUCCCAGCGAAUUUGUCCCAGAUAACACAACAGACGCCUCUGGAGAAGAUCAGAUCCAGCAGCCUUUUGGUUCGCAAGUCGAAGGUACAGAUCACGAAAAUGAGAAUCAGAUAGAUCCCAUCGCAUCGUACGCGUCCGGCUUGGCGCACGAUGAGCAGGACAAGAAAAGUGACGGUCUCGAACACGAACCAGAUCGACCCGACGAGGCGAGUGUACACGGGGAGGCUUCUAACUCUCCUCCCGACGACUCCAGCGAAGAGACCAGAAAUGAAAACAGCCAGACAUCAGAGCCACACAACAUGGCCAGCCAAGAGGUCGGUGACCCAGAGGCAGACCAAACGAAAGAAGACCACAAAAUGUCGAAGAGUCCAGAUAGACAGGUAGCGGGCCACUUCGCCAACAGCACACCAUAUACCUGGUUUGAUAUGGUCAUUGACCUCGAUGAUCCGAAACCCCUCGGACCUGCAGGAUACUUCCCUGGACCGAUAACAUUGCCCGACCUGCCGCCUUUAGGACCACGGACCAGUAUUCGAGUGUUUUAG